AUCCAUCAAACCCUCUCUGUCAUCCCGCUCGCGCACCCCUCGUGAAAUCAACGUUGGGGGCGGGCUCUUCUUACAGCAGUAGAUGUCCUCGUCUCGAAAGCCGGCUUUGUUGGCCACGGUGGUUGCCCUGGGACUGAUCGCUGCGGUGUACUACGAACAGGCCGCCCGCCGCCGGGGCAGUACAACCCGGUCAGGCGACACCGAUACAGCAGCAGCAGCAGCAGCAGCAGCAGCAGCGGACAAGCAGAGAUCAGCGAUGGAGGUAGACGAGCCACCGCUGUCCUUUGCGCCGGCUCCGGCGGGCUCCAAGGCCCUCGUGGUCUGCAGAAGGGAUUCCGAGGAGGCGUCGUCGGCGCAGCAGUGGGCGUCGCGAUCCAGGAGUGACGGCACCUCCGUGAGCGUGUGCCCCCCGGGCCACCUUGAGUCUCACGCCCGGGCGAACGCGGGGGCGUACGACACGAUUGUGGUGGAGGAGGCCGGGGAGGGAGCUGUGCUGGGACAGGUCGUGAAGCUGCUUAAGGCUGGUGGCAACAUUAACGUGGCAGCCUCCUCCCAAGGCGGCGAAGCUGCCGCCGCCGCUCUGAAACGCGCCCUCACCUUCGCGGGAUUCCUUAACGUCGCUGCCAACCCGGAAGACCCUCGUGUCCUCAGCGGGGAGCGGGCGGCAUGGGAGACGGGAGCAUCGGCGCCGGUUCGCCUCUCGUUCGGCGCGUCGAAGAACGAUUCGCGGAACGGUACCAACGGGAACGGGCCAGCGGCGGCGGCGACGGCGGCGGCCGCGAACAAGACGUGGAAGCUGGCGCUGGAUGAUGACGAGGAUGGGGCUGGGGGUGGGGAGGAUGACGAUCUUAUCGACGAGGACGCUCUGCUGGAGAGCUCGGCCCCCGUCAAGCGGGCGAGCGAGACGGCCGGCGACGGCUGCGCCACCAAGCGACGAGCGUGCAAGGACUGCUCCUGCGGCCGUGCCGAGAUGGAGAUGAGCGGGGGGGUCAGCAACACCAACGGCGGCGCCGCGGGACCCCUACCGGUGGUGUCCGUCGGGGACGUGGAUGAUGCCCUCACUUCCGCCUGCGGCAACUGCUCCAAGGGCGACGCGUUCCGAUGCGGGGGUUGUCCCUUCCUCGGAAAGCCAGCCUUCGAAAAGGGGCAGGAGAAGACCAUCAUGCUCUUGGAUCUCGACUCCCAGCAGGAUGACUGAUCUACCUGGGUCUGGGUCUAGUUUUUUUGUGUCGUGUGUGCGUUGUCAUCACCAAUAAACGCGGCGUUGAUGGGAUUCUCCGUAUUGGCGUUGGGUGCUUGUCUUCCCAUUUUGAGAAUUAACUUGCCAAUAGGUCGUUAGGUCGUUUCAUUAUCGUAAUCCUCAAAAGAGUUCUCGUGUUUGUAUGUGGAUGGAUACUGUGUAGGGGGCUGACCCGCGGUGGCCGGGCUGGGGGCGCAUCGAUUUGAGUUGAUUUUGGAGCUUGAUUCACGUGGUUCUUGAAAUCCUCUCAUUGUUUUCCGUCCAUCUUUGUGCGAAUGCUGGGCACUGCAACGGUUGGAUUCUCUACUCAGUUGGAUGAUGUUGUGCAGUAGUUCGGUUUUCUGGGGUGAUCGGAUAUCGGGUUGAGCUACACAUUUUCCGCCUGUACAACGAAGAGGUUGUGAUUCCUGUGAUGGCUAAGUGUGGGUGCUGUUUUUCUCACCAGGGUCUUUGGCGGCACCUAUUUAACAUGGAAAACUUGUCGGGCGCGGUUUUGGUUCUGACCCGUUUCCUGGCAAGUACAGAAUGAACCAUUCGAACGU